AGAAGUCCUGCAAGUCAAACUCCGUCACGUGAUAUCAAGGACGAAACAUGGCUGCGCCAUCGAGGAAGGUUUUUGAGCUCUUCGUGUCUAAAGUACCAUGGACUGUAGCAAAAAAUGAGUUGCGGCAGUACUUUGGACAGUUUGGCACAGUGAAGAAGUGUCUUCUACCAUUCGAUAAAGAAACCGGCUUCCACAGAGGCUUCUGCUGGGUUGGUUUCUCCUCAGAGCAAGAACUGACCAAUGCACUGCAGAAAGACCCACAUUUACUGGAGGGAGCUAUGCUCCAGGUUCAGAAGAACAGACGUCCAUUUGUAGACAGAGGUGAAAGACAGUGAACAUGACUAAAGCUCUCUAUUACUUUGUCUAUGACUCACCCAAGGAUGUGUUAUCAUUAUUGUUUGAUAUUCCCUAAUAUUCAUACUUCAUUCAAUAUUAUGUUCAGGCAAUAAAACAAGAGUUAGACAUGAGACACACCCACCAGGGUGGUUGUUGCAUUUUAUUGUACUCUUCCUUUCUUACAGCCGGUGAGACUAAAGCCUUUUCUGUAUUUGUUUUAUUUGGUUUUCCACUUGUAAUAACUAUAUUUAUUAUUAUGUGUUUUCGUAAACCAUCCUGUCACACCAUCAACAUGAGCAACAGUACAAGGGUAAAGCUAACUUGUCAGGUUAUAUAUCAUUGACAAAUGUCCAGUGUAUUGCAAUAAAAUUGUCUUUAUUUCCCCUGA